AUGUUGGUGCCGUUGUGCCACGCCCGUGGUGUCCAAGGGGAGUACCAUCAGCUUUGGGAUUAUGCAUGGCUUGCUCUGGAGCCAUCACACCCUCCAUCCAUCAAGGACAUGAACCAUUUCAGUGUCUUUCCAAAGAGUCCGAUCCUUCGGGCGUGUAGACAGCAAUCCAUGGAUUGUUGGGUAAUGUCAAAAGAAAAUUAA